GAUGAUCUGAUGAAUUAAGUAAUGUGUUGAAAUGUUAUUUUCUUCAUUCAUUUUUUCCUUUUUAUAAUUUCAAAUGUCGACCAAUCACCAGGAAUCUAGUGUUUUUGCUUCCCUUUACAGCAAUGGCCUGAGCCGAAGAAGAAAAAGCAAGUGGGGUUUCAAUGGAACAGUCUUUUCACUGAAAUCCAGGGAACAAACAAUUCUUUUAUGAGUGCAGAAGCACUUCUUUUCUGAUUUUGCAGACCUAUACACGUGUAAAAACUUCUGCUUUUAACUUUCUAUGGCCUUGGAGAACUCCACGUCCCACAUGCUGCCACAAGUUUUACCCUGUUAGAUGCAGCUGGUGUGCCCAAGAUCUUCAAUGAAAGCCUGCUGCAACAUUCCUCUCCAUAAGUUACCACUUGUUGUUUCUCGGAAAUUUGUGGCUUUGGUUUCUUCUCUCUUGAACUCAAUGUCAAGAGAAUCCCAAAAUUUCAGUUUUUUCUUGAAAUUUAUUCUAGGAGGAGAAGCAAAAGUAUGAGAAAUGAUUGAGAAGGAGGUUUCCGAGUCAUGUUUGGUUGUUUCUGAAGAGAAGAGCGAUAGAUUGUAUCCAAUAUAUUUUGGGGUUUCUUUUGCUUUGUUUGCUUUAAGGCUUUUAUCAAGUUCUGGCAAGGAAGAUGAGAAAUGGUCUGAGUUGCAUGAUAAAAUGCUUCAAGGAAGUGCUCAAUUGUUGGGAUUGCUUGUGUGGAGAGUCCAAAGAGAGGGCGCUAUUGGGCACAAAUGUGAGGUUCUUCAUAAGCUUGAGACUGCUGAAAGGAAGAUUGUUGAGUUGAAAAAGUUGAGAAGCGAAGACGCAAAAGCUAAUGAGAAGGUUGUUAGUAUUUUUGCUACACAUGAGCAGACCUGGUUGAACGAAAGGAAGAAGCUCCACCAACAUAUUGGAGCUCUUACGAAUGAAGUAAGGGUGUUACAAAAAAAAAAGGAUGAAACUGUUUCGGAAUUGAAUGAAAAAUUGAAGGAAACUGAGAUUUUGGUGGAGUCUAAGGAUAAGAUGUUGGAGGAGGAGGAACAAAAAAGGAAGGAGGUACAAGAGAAGCUAACAAAAGCAGAAAGUAUUGCGGAAGAUUUGAGAGAAGCUGCAAAGCAAAGGGCUCAAGAUCAUUCCACUGAGAUUAGGAAGCACAAAGCUGCUUUUAUUGAACUUGUGUCGAACCAACGGCAACUUGAAGCAGAUCUGGGUCGAGCACUAAGGCAAGUUGAAGCUACAAAACAAGAGCUUGAUUCAGUCUUGGAGCAGAAGAGGGAGUCAGUUUUGUUGGCUCAGAAACUAUACAUGGAAAUUCUAAAGAUGCGCAAGGAUUUGGACCAGAAAGACAAGGUUUUGUCAGCAAUGCUGAGGAAAUCUAAAUUGGAUACAAAUGAGAAGCAAAUGCUUAUAAAGGAGGAUAAAUUAUCGAACGUGAAGAAGAAGCAAGCUGAACUGGAAACAGAAAGAUUGAAGACAGCAUCCGAGUCUAGACACGAGAGACAUUCAUUGAGAAGUAUGUUUGUGAAUCAAGUCAAUUCGCGACUAGAUGCUUCCUUCAGUGCAAGAGGAUCAUCUCACACUGGAAAGAUCAGACAAGAGCCCACUGAUUAUGUUCUUGGGCAUCCUCAGCUGAAAAAUGACCUUGAUGUUUUGUCACCGCCUUCUGAUUACUCUUCAGGAGAAGGAAGUGUGGAAUUAGAUGUCAAAAGAUUGGAAGGUUCGGUUUGCUUGGAAGAAGAGAAGUAUGCAACUGUAACUGAGAGGAGGCAUCUCUUGGAACUAGAGGCUUUUGCUGAACAAUUGAGAAUGAAAGAUGAAAAAUUAGAAGGUUUUCGAUGGCGGUUGCUGAGCAUGGAAAUCGAAUCAAAGCAGCUGCAGUCCCACAUUGAAGGACUGAACAAGGAGAUAUCACAGCUCAGGCAUAACAAUAUCAAAUUGGAAGCCAUAUUAUUGGAGCGUGAAGAAGAAUUAAGUUUUCUGAAAGAGCAAUUCUUGUCCAAGUUAAUACCUUUUGGUUGUGAAAAGACCAGCGUAAACUCAUCUCUGGAUGAUCCAGCAUUAACCCAUGAUGCCAUUGGUUCCAAAGUCAAGAUCAAAAAGAGAAGACCAGCAGAGGAGCAAGAAAAAAGAACAAGUUCAAUGGAAAGACCUCAAGAGAAAGAUAUGGAGGUAAAGGAAGAAAACCCAUCUCAUAAGCCCAAAAAUGUGACAGUCCAAUCUCCUGAAAAAGAGUUUGAAGAAAAUAAGGCUGCAACAAUACAUAAUCCAAUUCAGGAGGAGAAUGUGAGUCUGGUGGGGGUUGACACAGCUGAAAAGGCAACAUCGUCUAACCCGUCCAUGAUCAAGACCAAAAAUUCUCAAUGGAGAUUGGAUCUUCAUGCUCUUGGAGUUUCUUACAAAAUCAAGAGAUUGAAGCAGCAACUUCUUAUGCUUGAGAGGUUGACCGGAAAAAGUGGCGAGGAUACAGAAAGAAACGAAAAUGGAAUGAAGGGCUUGCUAUUGUUGAUGUCUUUGGUAAAUAAACAAGCAAAUAGAUACCAGUCCCUUCAGGGGAAGACCGAUGAUCUUUGCAAGCGUAUGCAUGAGACCAAUCUAGACAAGGGUCGAGGGGAUUUGAGUACUGCAAGGAAGAAAGGAGAAACUAAAGCACUAGAGCUUUUCUUGGAGGAAACCUUCCAGCUACAGCGGCACAUCGUUGCAACAGGACAGAAGUUGAUGGAAGUUCAAUCCAAGAUUGCGUCUGGUUUUGCUGAGUUCGCAGAAGAACUUGACAAGUCUGCCUGCUUAGACAAGAAGCGGUUUGCUGAGAGUCUAAAAACUCUCUUUCAGGAGGUCCAAAAGGGUUUUGAAGUUCGGAUAUCUCGAAUCAUUGGAGACCUUGAAGGAACUCUAGCUUGUGAGGGGAUGAUUCAUUUGAAGAGGUAAUUGUGAAUGCAGUAAACUUGAAAUGUGGUCAAAUAAAGGUUAGAAUGGUAUGACAUGAUUCAUACUUGUGUUGAUUUUUGUAGUUAAUUUUGUACAAGAAUAAUAAAUAAAACUAUGCGUAUAAAUAAAUUAUACAAAUUUAUUUUUACAAAUUAAAAA